GUGCUAGUUUGAUUUCACCUGACCAGCACCCAUAGACCCUGCCAUGACAACAAGCRGUACCUCUCCGGCUAAUAGGAAGUAGAUUCUACCAGCCAAUGAAGCAGGGCUGUGUUCAGUAUAUUAAACGUUUUACUACGUGCCUGAACGACACGCUUCUCCCCAACCAUUCUUUGCGGUAUCUCUGCUCCUGUUUGGUGGUUGUGGCGGUGUGUUGCCCGACCGMUGAGAACAGCACAGUUUUCCGUUCAAUCAAAAGUUGCACGCCGUUGUGUCCUGCUGAACACAGCCUUAACUUGAGUCCCCAGGAGGAAACCAACUUAGGCCAAGAACAGCCAACCACCCCAGAGAAGAAUGGCAAAGGAGUUUCUGCUGGAGAAUAAGCCGCUCCUGACAGAGAUUCUGUCAGCGGAACCCGACAAUAUUCUCCAGUACGCCCAUUCAAAGAAACUUGUGGAGCAGCGUGAAUACAACAACCUCAACCACCUGCAAUCCAGUCAGCCUCCAGAGACUACAGUCAUCAAGCUACUGGACAUGCUGAGAGAGAGGAGAGGAGUACUGCCAUGGUUUUGUGGCCCUUCUGCAUAAGCAAGAGAUCAUCGCAAACUUCCCCAGACUCAAAGAGCUGGACUGGACCACCUUCAAAGACCCACUAGUGCCCCUGACCAAGGCCCACCAAGCAUCAGAGCAGGCUCCAUAAUGGGGAAUUUGCCGGAAGUAAUCAAGGCCUGCGGUUACAUCCACAAUGUCUCAGCAGUGAAGAGAGGGAAGAAGACAGGAUAUUUCAAUGCCGUUUUACAGCAAGAAGAUGAGAGCAGGAAUCUGAUAGUUUUUCAGCCGCAGCUGCGAGACCGCUUUGCCACAGCAGAGAGUCGCAGAACUCCAGUGAAGUUGGUGAAAGUGGUGCUCCAGCCAUCCAUAAGCAGAAACAACAAGAUGAAGAUAAUGUUUACAUACACAUCCACAUUUUCCAUCCUCGAAGAUUUACCCUUCAAAUUCAACAGCGACCUUGACGGGAGGRUCAAGGAUGUGGCCCUAGCUGACCUUCAAGAGGACAAAGAAAACACAGAAAAUGCUGUAAAACAGAAGGUGAACGUUACAGUGGAGGUGAUUCAGAAAGUGAAAGAGGGCCAUUGUAAAACAAGAUUUAACAAAAGCAUGCCCAUGGUGGAAUACCUAGUCGGUCAUAUUGUAGAUGAUUCAACUACACUCACAAACCUGACCGUGUGGGGUCGUGAAAACACGGUUGAAGAGGGGAAAUGGUACCGGGUCACCAAUGUUUCUGUUGUUAAGUAUGGGGGUAAAACCGUGCUGAACACAACACCAGAAUCUACUCUGGUCAACGUGGCCAGUGGUAGGAAAUGCGAUCUGCCACACGACAUGGUACAGCCUGAGAAGUUUGAGGGGAAAAUCAUUGGAUACUGGUUGUCCCAAGAGUACACUUGCCCAGAAGCACACCCACUGGAGAGGGUGGACACCACUGAAAAGAUGGUGACUUGUAAGCAUUGCCCUAUGUCGUACAUACUAUCCCUGAUGGGAAGRAUAACUAGAGGGAAGCUCUCCAUACAAUCUGAUGAUCUGGUCAGCCGGGUGUUCACUGUAGAGGACCRUGUCAUCAGAAAUGUUCUGCCAGGAAGGUGGGAGGGGAGAGAGUCUCUGAAGGACAUUGAGGACGCGCUGGUCGAACUGCCACCAGUGACAGUCACUGUUCUCAAUGGUCAUGUGUUAACCGUUACAACUCAGAGUCAUGAUGUCCAACCACACAGGAUGAGAAGAGGAAUAUUACCGCGCAACAGCGUGUUUAGUCUGGACUGA